UAAAAGAAGAGAAGAAGAAGCGCGCCGAUUCGAGUCCCGCCAGAAAGCUCGUGUUGCACGAGGACGCCGUCCAGUCCGCGCAGCAUGUCCCGCGUCCUCAACGGCAUCGUGGCGGUGUGUCCUGACCUGGGCAUCGGUUGCCAUGGAAACCUGCCCUGGCAUCCCCUCAGACUCAGUAACGAAUUCAAACACUUCCGGAGGAUGACGGCGACGGCCUCCGUGAAAGACAAGCAGAACGUGGUGAUCAUGGGGAGAAAAACGUGGUUUUCCAUCCCGGAGAAGAACAGACCGCUGAACAACCGGAUCAACAUCGUCCUCAGCAGGGAGCUCAAAGCGCCCCCUGCAGGAGCACACCACCUGGCACCAGACUUCAGCUCGGCCCUCAGGCUGGUCGACACGGAGCUGGCAGAGCAGGCGGACCAGGUCUGGGUGAUAGGGGGCAGCUCUCUGUACAAGGAGCUGCUGGAGAGCCCGGGGACCAGGAGACUGUUUGUCACGCGGAUCCUGAAGCAGUUUGAGUGUGACACAUUCCUCCCGGAAAUCUGUCCGGACAGAUAUCGUCUGCUGCCAGAGUUUCCAGGAGUACCAGAAGAGCUCCAGGAGGAGAAUGGUGUCCAGUACAGAUUUGAAGUCUAUGAGAGCAUUGAUGUAUGAUAAAUAAAACAAGCACAAUGUAAAGUCUGGA